GAAUGCUGUGAAGGUGGAAUGGGAAGGCUGGUCUGGAGUGUAUAGUACUAAAUGCCGCGAGGAGACCCAGAAAGAUGGUUGGAUAGACAGAGAGGGGGUUAAGAUCAAGCGGAGAUCUAGGUUGGAGGGAGUCUGGCAUCAUUGUGCUUGAACUGAUAGCAGCAGGGAAGGAAGCCGGUAAGUGGAGAGAAGCACGGGAUGAAUAAUGGAAUAGGAAGGAGGGACGGAGUGGGAAAUAGGUGUGCAGAGACGAGACCGAGAAGAGGUGGCCGGCACGCUUCCCAGCCCAGGGCUGCCCCUCAGGGCUGAGGCUUGUGCAGUAACUCUGGGGGCGGAUGGGGUCCCUACUACGCCUCGAGAGGUCGCGUUCCCCAGGGCGGCAGCAGCAGCAGCAGCAGCAGCAGCAGCAGCAGCAGCGGGGCCAGUUCUUCUGACAUCCAACCCAAGGCGGAAAGUGACAGACUGGGGGAAACAAUAGGACAGCCUCUUUGAGGAUUUUUAAAAAAAACACGCACCAGGAAGUAGCAAGGGAAAGAAGAAAAAGAAAUCACAGCUCAGGGUAGUAGCAGGCUGAAAUAAGCAUUGCAUUGUCGAAAAACAGGCGCUGUAUACUUUACCAGUGUCAAACCGCAUCAAGAUAAUGAAGGCUGCAUAUCGCAGGCAGUAGUGAUGCUGCUGCUGGAGUUGAAGGAAACAUUGCAAUUAAAACACUAGCCAAAGCCGGAGCAGAAAGCCGAACUGCAAAAGCAGGAGUGGUAAUUAAACUGGGGUGUGUGCGCAUCAGAAGAUGGAAAAAGAAUCUGAAAGGUUAAUUCAGUCUUCCAAAGCCUCAGAAAAGAUGCCAUCUGCAGAAUGAUUGACAUGUUUCUCCAGUUAUGAGAUCUGGCUCGCGCUUAUCUCUAGUGGGUUUAAUUCGGUCUUCUGAGCCUGCCUGAAUGAUUUCCCUUUCUGGAUCUAUUUUCUGAUGGAGGACUCCUUUUUUCCAAUAAGGAGUUGGGGUUCUGUAUGAACGUAUGCAGGUCAAGAAAAAAUUCAUUUUCAUGACUUUCUUUGCCACCUGGCUUCUGCUCUUCUUCUUUGGAGGAGAUCAAAUAAGACGCCUUGCCUUCCUCUCCAGCAAGAAAGCUGGUGUGCUGAAGAGCUGGCCACGCUGGGCAGAUGGGUUCCUCCUGAGGAGCUUUGCAGAUCCCGAGGAGCUCCAGUGCAAUGAUGGCGAUCACCACGAGCAGUCCCCCAAAGCCCGGAGAGAGUUGAGAAGAAGCAUCUACAAGAAUAGCCGAUGCCGUAUGGAAACAUGCUUCGAUGUUUCUAGGUGCAGGAAACAUGGAUUCAAAGUCUUUGUCUACCCCUUGGAAAGAGGGGAUGCUGUGUCGGAAAGUUACCUCAAAAUCAUCACCUCCAUUGAAGAGUCGCGGUAUUACACCUCCAACCCUGAAGAAGCCUGCCUUUUUGUCCUGAACAUUGACACGCUGGACAGGGACCAUCUUUCUAUACAGUAUGUCCACAAUAUUAAUGAAAAAAUCCAAGGUUUCCCUCUAUGGAAUGAUGGCCAAAACCAUCUCAUAUUUAACCUUUAUUCUGGCACUUGGCCAAACUACACCGAAGAUCUGGGUUUUGACAUUGGUCAGGCUAUCCUAGCCAAGGCGAGCUUUUAUGUGGAGAACUUCCGGCCCGGCUUUGAUAUCUCCAUCCCUUUGUUUUCAAAGGACCAUCCCCAGAAGGGUGGGGAGAGAGGGUGGCUGUAUAAGAACUCUCUCCCUCCUAAGAAAAAGUACCUCUUGGUUUUUAAAGGGAAAAGGUACCUGACUGGCAUUGGUUCCGACACUAGGAAUGCUCUCCAUCAUAUCCACAAUGGCAAGGAUAUCAUUUCCCUGACCACAUGCAAACAUGGCAAAGACUGGGAGAAGCACAAGGACAAGAGAUGCAACAAGGAUAACCUAGACUACGAAAAGUUUGACUAUCAGGAGCUUUUGCACAAUUCCACCUUCUGCAUCAUCCCCCGGGGGAGACGUUUGGGGUCCUUCAGGUUCCUAGAAGCAUUACAGACGGCCUGCAUCCCCGUGCUGCUCAGCAACGGCUGGGAGUUGCCCUUCUCAGAGGUGAUUGACUGGAGUAAAGCAGCCAUCGUUGGGGACGAGAGGCUCCUCCUGCAGAUUCCAUCUACAGUCCGAUGCCUCCACAGCGACAAGGUCUUGGCCUUCCAGCAACAAACCCAGUUCCUUUGGGAAGCUUAUUUCUCCUCUGUGGAGAAGAUUGUGCAAACCACACUUGAGAUAAUAAGGGAUCGAAUAUUUCUUCAAGAGUCUCGCCCAAAGUUCUUCUGGAACUCACUUCCUGGAGGGCUGCUGGCGCUGCCGGAGUACUCCACCCAUGCCGAUGACUUCCCUUUCUACUACUUGCAGCAUGGAUCCACCCCCUCCAGCAAGUUUACAGCAUUCAUCCGGGCUGUCUCACCAAUCGUGUCCCUCUCUCAACCCAUCCUGAAGCUCAUCCAAACGGUUUCGAAGUCCCAGUAUUGUGCCCAGAUUUUAAUAUUAUGGAGCUGUGAGAAGCCGCCACCACAGAACAGUAAAUGGCCACAGACUGCCAUUCCAUUGACCAUCAUCCAGGGCAGCACCAAGGUCAGCGACCGGUUUUUGCCUUACUCGGCUAUUGGGACAGAUGCAGUUCUGAGCCUGGAUGAACACACCAGCCUCUCAACCAGUGAGGUUGACUUUGCCUUUGUGGUGUGGAGAAGUUUUCCCAACCGGAUAGUGGGUUUCCCCAUGCGCAGCCACUUCUGGGACAGCAGCAAGAGCCAGUGGAGUUACACCUCAAAAUGGACCAAUGAGUUUUCCAUGGUUCUCACUGCGGCUGCGUUCUACCACAGAUAUUAUCACAGCCUCUUCACCAAUUAUUUGCCUGCUCAACUAAGGAGCCUCAUCGAUCAGACUGCCAACUGCGAGGACAUAUUGAUGAACUUCCUGGUUUCUUCCGUCACCAAGCUACCUCCCAUCAAAGUGACCCAGAAGAAGCAGCACAAAGAAUCUCCCCCUCAGCAGCUCUUGAAGAGUGCCCCCCCCUCCAAUGGGAACCUCCAUUUCUCUCAGCGCCAGGAGUGUGUCAAGCAGUUUGCUGCCUGGUUCGGGUACAUGCCUCUGGUGCAUUCGCAGUUCCGCCUGGAUCCCGUGCUCUUCAAAGACCAGGUGUCUGUGCUGCGGAAGAAGUACCGGAACCUAGAGAGAGCCUAGCAUAGUGCCGUGCUACAGAGGAAACCUGGCUGCUACCCUCGGAAAGACUAAUAUAAAGGCGAGGGAAGGAGGAAGAGCAGAAGACUCUCUCUGCCUCCACCUCCUGGACCCCAGAGGCACUGCAGCACAAACUUGCCAUUGAUUGGGAAGUUGGUGGUGUCAGGAUCAUCGGGCGACCUCUCUCAAUGGGCAGUCUGCACUGGAGCCAAUCUGACCUGGGGUUCGGAGAAGUGGAAACUGGUGUCGCUGGUAGCCCUGGAGAUGCCAGAUGAAUUUUCUGUCUUUAUUGGGUUUUACCAGUACAAAUAAAGGUUUGCAGGAAA